CACAACUCAACGGCAAAUCUCAGCUGGCAAGUUCUUUGGUUAUGCUAAUGAGGCAAACUUUGGCCACUCCGAUCGUUGGCAUGUCUAUAAUUGAAAGUUCGGUCUGUUUUUGGUUGACUGGAGUUGCUGGUGCUCUGCGGAUGCCACAAGGUCACUCGAGGGAGCCCCACCCAGGGGGAGACACACCCUGUGUUGAACAAGCAAAUCAUAUUUGGAACCCCCGCCGACUGAUAAGAUAGUACCUCUCGCCGAAGGUUAUAAGAGGCCCACGGAGCAUCGGUGGCCGAGCACAGAGCUCAGAGCUAUCUAGCACGGCAUGAAGUACCCGACCCUGGUGAUUCUGGGUCUCCUCUUGGCCUUGGCCCUCACUGGCGAGGCCAAGUCCAAGUCCAAGAAGCAGAAGAACAAGCUGAAGCAGCAGUCGCAAAAGCAGGCGAGCCUGCCCCUCGCCGAACCCUGCAAGCCGGCCAUCUGCAAACUCCCCGACUGCCGCUGCUCCGACGCCAUCCUGCCCAGAUCCAAGUUCCAGGGCAAGGAGAGCGAGAUUCCUCAGUUCGUGACCAUUACGUUCGAUGACGCUGUAAACGCGGUAAACUACGCACAGUACGAGCUGCUCUUCCAAGGAUUGACCAACCCGGAUGGCUGUGAGGCGGCCGGAACAUUCUUUUUGUCCCACGAGUACACCGACUACGUGAGGGUUAACGCCCUCUACAGGGCGGGUCACGAGAUCGCCCUGCACUCGGUGACCCAUGGCGAUGGCACCGAGUACUGGCGGUCGGCUGAUGUGGCCACCGUGGAGCGGGAGUUCGGAGCCCAGCUGAAAAUGCUGGAGACCUUCGCCAAGGUGGAUCCCAAGAAGAUUCAGGGAAUGCGCCUGCCCUUCCUCCAGAUUUCAGGCAACAACACCUUCGAGGCGGCCCGGCGUCUGGGCUUGAGCUACGACAGCUCCUGGCCAACGCAGCAGUUCAAGGACCCGGCCAUGUGGCCCUACACCCUGGACUACAAGUCCAAGCAGGACUGCCAGAUAGGUCCCUGCCCCGAGGCCUCGAUUCCCGGUUUCUGGGUCAACCCCAUGGUAACGUGGACCGACACCGAGGGCUACAGUUGCUCCAUGAUCGACGCCUGCGUGUAUCCGCCGGAGGACGACGUGGACGAGCUGUUCGACUGGAUGCUGGAGAACUUCAACAGGCACUACGAGGGCAGCCGGGCACCCUUCGGGAUGUACCUGCAUGCUGCCUGGUUCUCGCGGGGUCGGAACUACUUUGGCGCCUUCAAAAAAUUCAUGAACCACCUGAACACCUACACGGAUGUGUACUUCACCGGCAUUUCGCGCAUGCUGGAGUACGUGAGGAAGCCCGUGCUGGGCGCGCCGUUCAAGGACUGUCCCGCUCUGCCGGAGGCGGACUGCCGUGCGGUCCAGUGCCACGUCCAGAAGAUGUCCACCGGCGAGGAGCGCUACAUGACCGUGUGCGACAAGUGCCCGGCCGUCUAUCCCUGGCUGGACAAUCCUCUAGGGGAGCAGCUGUAGGACUACCAGCAGUUGGCUUAUGAAGAGCGUACACCGAAAACAAUUAAAUGAAGAUUGCA